GGGCGUACAAGAACCGGAGUCACGUACGCGUUUCGGGAUCGGCAGCUUGCAACCAUCGCCACUUUUCUUCUACUUCUUCUUCUUCUUCACCGAUUUCAUCGUUUUUCUCUCUCCCACGAAACCAGACUAAUUAUCUUUCCCCAUCCUUUUUUCUCUCUCCGCUUCAUAGUUUGAUUUUAAGAAUUCACAAGAUCGCAAAAGAAAGGGAGCAACAUGUUGGAGAAGAUCGGGUUGCCGCCAAAGCCUUCACUGCGAGGGAAUACUUGGGUCGUCGAUUCCUCACACUGCCAGGGAUGUUCCUCUCAGUUCACCUUCAUCAAUCGCAAGCAUCAUUGUAGAAGGUGUGGGGGCUUGUUUUGCAACAGUUGUACCCAGCAAAGAAUGGUUUUACGUGGACAAGGUGAUUCCCCUGUACGUAUUUGUGAACCAUGUAAGAAGCUAGAAGAGGCAGCACGGUUUGAGUUGAGACAGGGACGCAGAUUGGGAAGAGGGAACGUGAAAUCAACUUCUAGAGAUGAGGAUGAAGUUUUAAGCCAGAUUCUUGGUUCUGGUAGAGAGGAAAAAGCUCCCAGCAGUCAAAAAUCAAUUGGCACUGCAUCAUCUUCAAGUGCUAAGGGAUUUUCUAAUUCUGAUGACAGCGAAAUACAACAAGUUGUCUCAAAUGAUAAGCCUGAUAUUCUGGGCAUUGAUGUUGGAUCCACCACUCCUGAUGAGUUACGUCAGCAAGCAUUGGAGGAAAAAAGGAAGUACAAAAUUCUGAAAGGAGAAGGGAAAUCUGAGGAGGCCUUGAGAUCUUUUAAGAGAGGAAAGGAACUUGAGAGGCAGGCUGAUUCUUUGGAAAUUCAGUUAAGGAAGAACCGUAAGAAGAUGUUAUCUUCUGGAAACUUGUCAGACAUUCAUAACAAAGGUAGUCCAGAAGAGGUUGGCAGUAAAACAAAGUCACUUCCUCAUGCGGGUAAAGAAAAGGACGAUCUUAUGUCUGAACUUAGAGAGCUGGGUUGGUCUGAUAUGGAUCUACAUAGUGAAGAUAGAAAGCCAGCAAGCUUGAGUUUGGAGGGUGAACUGUCAUCAAUCAUUGGAGAAGUCCGUCCGAAGACUGGUGAAGAAAAGGGCAGCAGAAUUGACAAGACUGAGGUUGUUGCUCUGAAAAAAAAGGCUCUUACAUUGAAGCGUGAGGGUAGGCUUGCAGAGGCGAAAGAGGAAUUAAAAAGAGCUAAAAUUCUUGAAAAGCAGCUGGAAGAACAGGAACUCCUAGCUGAAGCUGAAGAUUCUGAUGAUGAACUAUCAGCACUUAUCCGUAGCAUGGAUAGUGAAAAAGAAGGUUCAAAUCUGCAUGAUCAUGGGAAAGGUUUUGAUCUUGAUGGCCUUAUUCAUAUUUCUGAUGAUCUUGGUGCUAAUUUUGAAGUGACUGAAGAGGAUAUGAUGGACCCUGAAUUAGCUGUUGCUUUGGAGUCAAUAGGUUGGACUGAACCUGAACAAACAUUCAUAAAGUCCCAAACCAUUGACAAAGAAGCAGUGCUUAGUGAAAUUCAAUAUUUGAAAAGAGAAGCUCUUAAUCAGAAGCGGGCAGGUAAUACUGAAGAAGCAAUGGCAUCCUUGAAAAAGGCGAAGUUAUUAGAAAGGGGCUUUGAGUCGGAAGACAGCACCAUAUUUGAAAAGUCCACUGCUGUUCAGAAAAAUAUGAGUUCUGACAUUACAGGUAAUGGAUCAGACUCCAUUCAAUUUGAUGAGAGAAAUACUAAUGCCACUAAUACUUCUGCUUCAAAAAUGGCAUCAAAAAGCCGACUGAUGAUUCAGAGAGAGCUUUUGAGCUCGAAAAAGAAGGCUCUUACCUUGAGAAGGGAAGGAAAACUGAACGAAGCAGAGGAAGAAAUGCGAAAGGGGGCUGAUCUUGAGCGUCAGCUGACAGAGUUGGACAAGGCUUCAAAUCUCAAAGCACCUCAGAUAAGUAGUACCACAGACAAUGUCUUGCAUACAUCAAGAAAGCAUUCUGAUAUUCAUAGAAAUAUGCAAGUUGAGGAAGGAAGUGAAGAUGAUGUGACAGAUCAAGAUAUGUCUGAUCCAGCCUAUCUUUCACUCCUUAAGGACUUGGGUUGGAAUGAUGACAGUAAUGAACCUUCUAGUUCUCCAAGCAAGCUUUUGAAGAAAGAAAAUGAUCAUUCUCUGCCUGUCAGUGAUGCUUCUUUAACUAAGAAUUCUAGAGCACCAAGAAAAAAUAAGGGUCAAAUCCAGAGGGAGCUCUUGGGAUUAAAGAGAAAGGCCCUUGCUCUCAGGCGUGAAGGGAAAGCUGAAGAUGCAGAGGAAGUGCUAAGCAUGGCUAAAGCAUUGGAAACGGAGCUUUCAGAGUUGGAAGCACCAAAAAAUGAAGCACGGGUUGAGGCUACUAUGAUGACACAUGAAAUCUUAAAUCCUCCACUUGAAUCUGCAAUUGAUGAAGAAAGCAAUACUCUUGUUUUGGAAGAGGAUAUGCAUGACCCCGCCUUGAAUUCCAUGCUCGUCAAUCUGGGGUGGAAGGAUGAAUUUGAACCUGUGACUGUAAAGAAAGAUCCAGCUAAAAAGGAACCAUAUAUACACAAUUCGUCUUCAGGUAUUCCUGCUAAAGCUUCUAGGAGUAAGGGUGAGAUUCAAAGAGAACUUUUAGCAUUGAAAAGGAAGGCUCUUGCUUUAAGGCGCCAAGGAGAAAUAGAAGAAGCUGAGGAAGUUUUAAGAAUGGCCAAGAGUCUGGAAGCUCAAAUGGAGGAUGAAAAAUCAGUAAUGCCUGAAUCAUCUGACUUACAGGAAAAACCUGAGAGUUUAAGAUCAACUGUUGAAGCAGAUAAAGGUUCAGAUACAAAUAUUCCAUUCUUAAGGGAGUCAGGUAAUUCAGUGCUUCCUCCCUCUCAGCCAAUCGAAAAUAAGGAUCCAUUAUCAGCCAAGGUGAGUGCUUCAAGGGAAAAUCUUGCAGAAAAGAUGAACACAGCACAAACAACUGAUAAUAUCACUUCAGAUGGCCACUCCAUGCAUUCAAUAGAUAGACUUACUAGCGAUGGUUCAACAAGUUCAUCUCAAACAACUAAUCCUAUUCAUUUGGACUCCUGGGAAAAUCUCAGCCAAGAUCAGCAACUCAAAAACCGUGUUACCACUAAAAGAGAAUUGACUGGCACAAAUGAAAAACCUAGCAUUAGCAAGUUAAAUGCUGCUCAGAAUUAUGCUUCCAUGGACCACCUACAUCAAGAUAUUUUAGCUCAUAAAAGGAAGGCAGUUACUUUGAAAAGAGAAGGGAAACUUGCAGAAGCUAAAGAAGAACUCCGGCAGGCCAAGCUGUUAGAGAAGAGUUUGGAGGAUGGAAGUGUGCAGCCAAUUACUUCUUCUGCAAAUAAUGUUCCUGAUGCAUCUCAUGCUGUAAAGAAGCAAGAGUCAACAAGUGUUGCCGCGAAGCAAGAGUCAACAAGUGUUGCUUCAAAACCAUUGAGUAGCCGUGAUCGGUUCAAGCUGCAACAGGAGUCCCUGGGCCACAAACGCCAAGCCCUAAAACUACGGAGGGAGGGCCGCACAGAGGAAGCAGAAGCCGAGUUUGAAAAGGCGAAGGCGAUCGAAACCCAGUUGGAGGAGUUGGCAGCCCAUGAUGCCAAUAAACCAGAUGCAGCAGAAGAUGUGACUGUUGAGGAUUUUCUCGAUCCUCAACUCUUAUCUGCUCUGAAAGCUAUUGGAAUCGAAGAUGCUAAUGUUGCAUCAAGAGGCCCGGAGAGACAAGAGCCUGUGAAAUCCAAUGUCACUAAAGGUGAAAACUCUAACCAAGAAAGAAUUCAGUUAGAAGAAAGAAUCAAAGAUGAAAAAAGAAAGGCGGUUAAUUUGAAACGUUCAGGAAAA